ACGCUCAGUUUCAUACUUCCAUUCCCUUUCAAUUCAGACUCUCCUCCCUUCAGAGUUUCGUUUCAGACCCUUUUAGUCCCCCUUCAAACACUUUGACGUCUCACUCUUAGAUAUUAUUCAUGGUGAUCUCAUCUUUCCCGUUUCUUGAAGACUUCCCUUCUUUCUUUUCCUUCGGUCAAGAUUCCGACCCGGGUUUUAUAUCCUUUUCCAAUACUAAAAAGCGCCCCAGAUAUGAUGAUAGUAUUGAGAAUGAUCCGUCUGUUCAAGAAUUACUGACGAAGUUGUUGGCGUUUGAUAGCCCCCCGGAAGAGAAGGAGACCCGGGAUGCGUAUGAUUCGAUCUUGAUGGACUCGAAUUACAACCGAAGCAAUCAAGAAUUGAAUGAGAGUGCGGUUUACUGUAAUGGUUAUCCUAAUUUGAGUGAUUCUGGUAUUUCCCCACAAGCCAAGCGGGCGCGCUCGGAGGCUGCUGAUGAUGUUGCGACGACAUCGGAUGACACAGUCAGCAUCGCGAAUGGUGGCGCACAGCGUAGGUUGUGGGUGAAAAACCGGUCGAAAGCAUGGUGGGAGCAAGUUAACAGCCAGGAUUUUCCUGAAGAAGAGUUCAGGAAAGCUUUUCGAAUGAGCAGAGCGACUUUUGAUAUGAUUUGUGAAGAACUUGAGUCAGUUGUCACUAAGAAGGACACAAUGCUGCGCAUGGCGAUCCCCGUUCGACAGCGUGUGGCGGUUUGUAUAUGGAGGUUGGCCACUGGAGAGGCUCUUCGUGAAGUUUCCAAGCGUUUCGGAUUGGGAAUUUCGACUUGCCACAAGCUGGUUCUUGAGGUUUGCACUGCUAUAAGGAGUGUGCUGAUGCCGAAAUUCUUGCAGUGGCCUGAUGAGAAUAGAAUGAAGGAGAUUAAGAGGGAUUUUGAGUUGUUUUCUGGGAUUCCAGAUGUGGGUGGAUCAAUGUACACAACUCAUAUUCCGAUAAUUGCUCCAAAGGUUAAUGUGGCGGCUUAUUUCAACAAAAGGCACACAGAGAGGAAUCAGAAAACUUCUUAUUCGAUUACAGUACAAGGCGUGGUUGAUCCUAAGGGAGUUUUUACCGACAUUUGCAUCGGUUGGCCUGGUUCAAUGACUGAUGAUCAGGUACUGGAAAAGUCGGCCCUUUCCCAAAGGGCGAACAGAGGUGCUUUGAGGGAUGCUUGGGUUGUUGGGAAUUCGGGGUAUCCAUUAAUGGAUUGGGUUUUGGUUCCUUAUACUCACCAGAAUCUUACAUGGACGCAACACGCCUACAAUGGGAAAGUUGAGGAGGUUCAGAGUGUUGCCAAGGAGUCAUUUAUGCGAUUGAAAGCUCGAUGGAGCUGCCUGCAGAAGAGAACAGAGAUGAAACUCCAGGAUUUGCCUGUUGUUCUUGGAGCUUGCUGUGUUUUGCAUAAUAUAUGUGAGAUGAGAAAUGAAGAAUUGAGUCCGGAAAUGGGGUUUGAGUUGUUUGACGAUGAGAUCAUCCCUAAGAACAACGUGAGAUCAGUCAACGCGAUGCAUGCUAGAGACCAGAUUGCUCACAAGCUCUUGCAUCACAAUCUCGCAGGCACAAAUCUCCUGUUGUGAUAACUCUGAUAGGUUCUGUUUUGCAGUUUGCUGUUAGUAAAUCUGAUUCUUUCAUGGCUUGUUGCAGUCAUGUGAAAGAUAAACUUUAUAAGAUUAAUUCUUUGGUUUCUUGUACACACUCAUUUGCCUUUUCUUGAAUAGAUAACAUAUUUCGCCAAA